AUGUUUAAGUGCUCUGGUGUUAAGAGUGCUCUAGUAUCAGGAGAGAGGCGGCGUGGCGGUGGGGUCCUCGCUGCGGACCGCGCGCUGCCUCCCUUCAGUCAGUUCAGUCGCAGCGGUGCACGCACACCGCACGCAGUUCUCGCGCGCGCGACGAGAAGCUGGAGUGGAGACAUGCGAGGAUGUGUCGACCGCGGGCCAUAUGGCAGCGGCUCUACUAGCCAUAUCGGGCCACCACCAAGGCGACACUUGUUGCACUUAUACGGCAUAAUUGCUCCACAAAAGACGCACGAAUGA